GACCCUGACACCAGGAGGACGCAGCGCGUUCCCGUCGCCCUGUGAAGCGUCAUCAUUAGUCGCUGCUGAAGGAGACGGUGUUUGAUGUUGUUUUUAAUGUCUAGCUUGUAUAACUGAGGUAACAAACUGGGAAUAUAAACAGUAAGCAUCGAUAGUAAUAUUAGAUAACAUAGCGGGGCCUCGUUUGAUACGGUUUCUUGGUUGCUAUGUCAUCGCCGGGGAGUACUAGUGUUGCCGCGGUAGCAGUGAGAGGAGGUGGAGCUAAGAAACUCAAGUGGAGUCUUGAACUAGGUCUUGGCAACCCACGUCGAGGUGAUAGACAAGGUAACCAGGGGGAUUGUCUUUAUCCAGUCGGCUACUCGGAUAAACCCGUCCCAGACACCAGCGUGCACGAGACUGAUCGCAAUCUAGUGGAGAAGCGCUGCUGGGAUGUAGCUCUGGCUCCUCUCAAGCAGAUCCCUAUGAAUCUGUUCAUCAUGUACAUGGCUGGGAACACCAUCUCGAUCUUCCCCAUCAUGAUGGUGUGUAUGAUGGCCUGGAGACCCAUACAGGCACUCAUGUCCGUGUCUGCCACCUUCAAGCUGCUGGACAGUUCCAGUCAGCAGUGGCUGCAGGGCCUGGUCUAUCUGAUUGGAAACCUUCUCGGCCUGGCAUUGGCUAUCUACAAGUGUCAAUCAAUGGGGCUGCUUCCCACCCACUCAUCUGAUUGGCUGGCUUUCAUUGAGCCGCCUGAGAAAAUGGAAUACCUGGGUGGUGGAAUGGUUCUGUAAUCCUACUGAAAUCUCUUUUGAAGUACAGAAGACUUUUACACACUUUCCCCUCCAAAAAUACAUAAUCCAGUUGUAUGUGAUCAAACGCAGGGAUUGAGAUGGUGUUAUUUACAGAGGAAGCCCUGUGAUCGUCUUUUUUUUUUUCUGCAUUAAAGUUGUUGCUAACACUGGA